AUGUUUAUCAGCCGCAGAUUCCCAUAUAUACCCUGGAAUUUGCUAAGUUUUCAGUUAAUUUCACAAUUGGAUAAUUUCAAGAUGAACAAGUCGAUGAGAUCGAAGAGAAAGAAGAAGCCAACGGCCAUGAAAAGUGGUGGUGAACGAAGCGAACGUAAACCAAGUAAACAAACAGCAAAGAAACCAUCAACUCCAGCAGCAAGUGAAAGGGCACCAAAAAGCAAACCGAAGAGUAAUGGAAUCACUUGUAGAGAACAACAGGAACCAAGUAAAAAUGAGAAGAAGACGAGUAAAGGAGGAUCAAAAGAGAUGUGGACUGGAGAGGAGACGGCCAAGAAAAUGGUUGCUAGCGGAUUCUUCAACAACAAUACCAUCAGCGGAACAUUUAAAGAUCUGCCCACAUUGAAACCACCUCUUGAUUCCUGCCCGUGUUUCAAAAACAAUCUUCAAAAAGUGAGAGCUCCGGACUGUCCGAUCCCAGAUGAUAAGCUGAUUAAGCUCACUCAUGCACCUGACAAUUUCAUAUGUGCUUCGAAAGUGACUGUCCCAGAAUACAAUCGAACAGUAAUUCUAACACAAGUGCCUGAUGUAUCGAACGCUCAGAAUAUUGAAGACUUUUGGAGAAUGAUCUUCCAGGAAAACGUGGCUUCUGUCGUGAUUGCGGUGAUGCCUCUGGAGUCAUCUGUCACUCUGCAGCAAAUAUUUCCAUUGUUAAACGGAACAUAUUCCAAUCAUGGAAAGAUGUUUCUGAAUAACAAGAAAGUGGAAUCUGCUGUCGCAGUGACGUCAUACACGUUGGAGAUCCUUCCAGAUGGUUGCUCUAAUUCCCUUUUCACUACAGUAUACCAUCUUCACAACUGGAGACAAAAAAGAGGAUUGGAGCAAGUUGGAGACUUGGUUAACACUCUGGAGAAGGUGUUAAAAACUAAUGAGAACACGGUAUUCAUGAGUAUGAAUGGAACUGGCCGAGCUGGAACAAUGCUUGCUCUUUUCACUGCAAUGGCUCAAGUUCAGAAAGGAAAAGAAGUUAAUCCAAAGGAAACGAUGGAGAAGUUGAGAGCUGAGAGAUGCGGAGUUGUGGACAAUGCAGAACAAUAUGGAACUGUGCACAAGGCAAUGGCUGUUUGGUUCAAGAACAAAUCGAAUAGUGAGGAGAUUCAGAAGAUUGCCUGA